AUACAAUUGACAUAUCCAAUAAUAUUGUUAAACAAUGUUGACAAAUAACACUAAUGAUAUUUAGGAGUAUUAGGCCAGUAGAACAGUCCAUAACCUGAUUUGAAGGGUGAAACUGCAGCAUACCGUUUACCCUGUAACAGAAGAUCAUCGUCCGUCACCAGUUACUAAGAAUCGAGAAGAUUCUGACACGUUGUUACUUCCAAGAAAACUCGGAGAUUUGUUUACACCUGGUGAAAAGAACUGCCACCAUUUGAAGAAUAAAGAAUAUGGACUACAUCGUUUUACAUUUUCGGGAUGUGGAUUCAUCACAGCUAACGUGAGUGUUAUCUUGUUGUUGAAUGUUUUUUAA